CUCUACCCGAGCUAUAUCAUGUAGCGUUCAAAGGCCAUACGAGAAGAGCUGGUUUAUGCGAGCCCUUGUACGUGGCCCAGCGCUCGGGCGACGCUUCCGAGGGACCUUUGGCCAAAAGCCGUUUCAACGGCAACUUUUCGCGCCUUUUCCCAAGAUCGUUCUCACUUUGUAUCUUUUAGCAGAUGAAGCGGUCGGUGUGGAUCUCGAUCGCGCUGCUGCUGGUCGUACUGGCGUCGUCGCUCGUGUGGCCCGCGGCGGCAUGGCUCAACUCGAAAGACAUUGACUACGAGGCGGUCGAGAAGGCGUGGGAGACUGGCGACAUGGACGAAGAGCUCAAGCCCGAGGUCGACUUGAUGCACAAGCGUCGGCAGACCGAAGAACGGCAAAAGCGACCAAAUUUCGUGGGCGACGUUGGCAUUCCGCAGACGAUGCUCAUUCUCUUCAAGGACUCGGCGCUGCCCGACUUUGUGCGUUUGUAUCCCGAAAUUCCCGACCCGACGCAUGCGAUUGCCGAAAUGUGGAAAUCGAUGCUCUUUAACGGCGGCAUUGAAGCCGAGUUCUUUGAGCUCAAUGAAGCACCCGAUAAGCUCCUCGUAAAGGUGCAGCGUGGUUGGCUUGCCGAAGACUUGGUCGACUUUCUCGUCAACCAAGAGCAAGUGAAGGAAGUGCUUUGGGACUACGAGACGUACUAUCCUCCGGGCACGGACGAAGCGGCGAUGGAGAAGGAGAAGGAGCGGCUUCGCCAAGAAGCCAUCGCGAAAGAAAAGCUCAAGCAGAAGAAGAAGAAGAAGAAGGCCGCCAAGACCGAGUUGUGAGGCGCUCGAGACAGUGCGUUCCACGACAACGAUUCCGAUGAUGAUGAUGUACGCGUUCUUCUAAGCUCAAUGUUAUCGAUUUUUUAACAUCAA